ACAUAAUGUAGUUUGGGGGUUCCAGUGAAGGGGAGGUCCUGUGGCUCUGCUCAUUUUCUAUUGGAAACGUUACCACACGUCACGGCGACCACACAGCAUCAACUUAUCGGAAAUACGGAGGAGGGGGGAGUACUGUAGGGGAUAUCGACGGCUAACAGCUAGCUGCUUCACCAGCCAAGGGAUACAAGCAGCCCGUCUGAGCUGUGCUGGAGUGACUGAUCCUGAUCAUCCAGUGAGCCUAAUGGCUGUCGGGCCAGGCAGCUGCUUGAGGUGUCUCGGAGCUGGGGACUGCAUCAUUAUACAACAAUAGCAAUUGGAAUCAACGCUUACCCUCCUAUUCCUCCAUCGCCUCCCCCAUUUGUUUUUCUCUCAGCCUGACUUUCGACACACACAACCCACUGACUCCUCCCACGCUAGUCAUGGUCCACUCCCCCUGUUUCUCCAGCCAGUCAGGCAGUGAGUUGAUGGAAGCUGUGUAAUCCUCUGUAAAGUAUAUGGCCUAUAAGGCUGCAUAUCCUCCCUUUUGUUAUGACGGCUGUUGUUGUUGUGGAGGCCUCUCUCAGGAGAGCACAUGAGGGAGAACAGAAGGCAGCAUAAAGCUCACAAAGGGAGAAAGAGAGAGAGAGACACUGACGCUGCCAUUUAUUUGACUGGAGGAGAAUGAGCUUCACAGGGCAACGGAUGGAAUUCACUGGGGGUCAAACUACAUGAUGUGGGACUGGCAUUACCACCCAUCGCCAAUCACAAAUUGGACCGACAGUCCACUUUGGAGAUAUUUGCCACAUAGUGGCCUGCAGCAAGGAAUGCAGUGAAAUAGAGAAAAGUAGACAAGAACUUUUUUCUUGGGUUACAAUAUUUUUCUAUUUUUCCUCUCCUUGGUCUUUUUCAAUUGCAGCAUACCAAAAGUGCCUUUUUGUCUUACUUUUUGUCUUUUUUUUUUUUAAUUAUCUAGCACUAUAUUCAUACCACAAAUUAGUGCUUGUAACCUAACUUACAGUAACUAUCACGUGUGUUGCCAUAUUUUAGGAAAGGUACAUAGUAUAUUUGACUUUGUGUGGGCCACAACACCAGGCUCCAUCAAAUACACAGUUAACAAUCAUCACUUUUUGGAACCUGAGAGUCAGGUUGUGCCAGACCGUGACCUUCUGCGCUGUCUUCUCCAAAGCUUUUGUUGCUUUGACGACGCAGAGGUGUCGCCAUGGUCAGUAUCCAGUCCAAAUGGCGCUACCUGUUCAUGUUCCUGGGCAUCCAGCUGGUGGUCAUGGCACUGCUGUCCCGAGAGGGAUACCAGAAGAGGGUUUCCUACUUCAUCCGCAUCUUCCGCAAGCCUGACACCACUGGUUUGACAGGCCGCAACCACACAGCAGCAGGCAUCGCUGGAGGGGAUGUAUAUGCCAACCUCUCCCACCUAUCCAAAUCUUAUAGCCAUGGAGAUGGCAUGCCCUACUGCCCGAAGACGUCCCCUCUUAUAGGUGGGCCAAUACACGUCAGCUUUCCAUCAGGGCUCACUCUAGCAGAGGUUCAGAGGAAAAAUCCAUUGGUGGUGCGCGGAGGACGCUACAGGCCGCCCGACUGUGAGGCGAGGCACCGAACAGCCAUCAUCAUUCCCCACAGAAACAGAGAACACCACCUUAAGUUCCUGCUAUACUACUUGCAUCCUUUUCUGCAGCGACAACAGCUCAACUAUGGAAUUUACGUCAUUCACCAGGCGGGAAACUACACUUUCAACAGGGCCAAGCUGAUGAAUGUGGGUUUCCGGGAGGCCAUGAAGGAGGAAGACUGGGACUGUCUCUUCUUCCACGAUGUGGACCUCAUUCCAGAGGACGAUCGCAACACAUACGUCUGCGACUCCAACCCCAAGCACGCGGCCAUCGCCAUGGACAAGUUUGGCUACAAGCUUCCGUACAAGAUGUACUUUGGAGGAGUGUCAGCUCUGACUCCACUGCACUACCUCAAGAUGAACGGCUUUCCCAACAACUACUGGGGCUGGGGUGGAGAGGACGAUGAUAUUGGAGUCAGAGUGUCUCUGGGGGGGAUGUAUAUCACUCGUCCAUCCCUGAAGGUCGGCCGUUACAAGAUGAUUAAACAUAAGUUGGACAAAGGCAAUGAUGUGAACCCAAAAAGGUUCAACAUGCUGGCCAAGACGCGCCAGACCUGGAAGUUGGAUGGGAUGAACACAGCUGAAUAUGAGACAAUCUCACGGCAAUACAUGCCCCUCUACACCAACAUCACUGUCAACAUCGGCACUGAGGCCGGCCUACAUCCACCUCCACCAACACCACAUGCCAAAGCUGCAGUCAAAGCACCUGCCGAAGUCCCAGCAAAAGGCUCAGCCAAACCCCCUGCCAAACUCAAAGAGGGCCACUCAGAGAAAAAGUCUACCCUAAGAGACCGCUAAUCAUGUUUCACUCUGCCAUAACUUCAAUGGGUUAAUCCCAUUAGUAAAUGCUGUAGGAUGGUGGUUUUCCUCCUCAAUCGCCUGGAGGUUUCUGCCCAUUUUAAGCUUUUUCGGCAGUUUGUGGAGGAAUUAGUUUGUGCAGAGUCAACAUCGUACUGCCUGCGGACAGUGGGGCACUCAUUUGGGUGAGGAAAGCGCCCGAUUUAUUGAAAAUUAAAACAAUUGACCUGGAUUUCUCAACUGUGAGGUGAUGGCUCUCCACCUACCGGUUACAUCACUGAUUCUUCUUCUUCCAAGGGAGCCACAGUGAAGAGUGAAGGGUAAAAGUUGGACUCUAUGAGUUUAUAUAUCUACAGCGCUGUGGUCGCUGGUUAAACCUUGUGAUGCCUUAGAAGCUUGUUCUUUUUUUGUCUUUUCACUCAUACCUUACAUUAUUUAGAAUAUUGAGUUUAAUAGAGCAGUAGCUGCAAUUUCCAGCAGUCGCACUCAUUUUUUUCCCGUCUCAGCGCCAAUGAAUACACGAGUGAAGGAGACGGCCCCCUGUUUCCAGUUGAGUGUGUGAAGCUGCUACAAUGAGUACUGAAUGAAAGAACUCGACAGAUUUGUGUUAUUACUCUUUCUACUAUUACUGCUUCUGACAUAACAGCGCAAGUAUCCGAUCUGUCUGCAAAUGUCUGGGGUCAGAGAUGCUGAUCUAUAUCGGUUUGGUACAGAAUGUGUAUCAAAAGAUACACUAAAUCGUUUUAAUGUUUUCAGUUAUGGAUGCUGUACAUAUAAUUUAUGUUCAGUGGAAUUACCCGUGUGAAUGAGCGUAAAGUGAAAACAUUUUAGUUCUGUACACCAAGGCCAGGGUACAGUUCUUCUAUGCGGCAUUAUUGCGUUCAGUUCAGCCUUUAAAGCUUCAGCAUAUCCAAUAUCUACUUUCAAUAUCAACUUUCUUUUUUGCGUGUUUUUGCCUUUAUCAAACAGAGCAGGUCUUGGUGACGGUUAUCAGUCUUCUGCCUUCAGAUGAACUUGAGAUUCAUAUCAAAAUGGAGUCUGUCUUGCUUAACAUUUCUUCAUAUGUAUGUUGAUUAUGUGCAGUGUACUAUAUAUCUCAUGUAAAUGUGCCCCACCAGAGUACUGGCUUCCUCCCAUAACACUUUAAAUGCAGUCAAUCUUUAUUAUGUAUCUUUUGCCCAUCUCCUGUCCUUAAUCUAUACAUAUCGUUGAGAAAUGAACUAGAAAAAGCAUUUGCUCUGCACAAAAGUAAAAACAAUUCACUUCUGCAACAUCAUGUUUAGAAGUAGAGAUUAGUAAAUGCUUUUUUCCAGCUCACGGUACUGUAGCCAGAUUUAACCAUGUAAACAAACGGUAGCUUGAGCCCGAAGCACAACAUGACAAAUCUCUGUGAUUGCUGUUGAUGGGCAAUAGAAGUUGUUUUGCUGUUAUCACAAGAGAACAUUUAGCAUGUUUUUUUUUUUUUCUUCAGUUCAAUUGAAGGAUUAUGUCUUUUGUUUGUGUUUUGAAAAAUAUUUUGUGACAUCUUGAUCUGAUUUGAUCAUUUAAAAACCCACAAAAUAAUGUGGUGCAUUUCAAGUUGACAUAUAGACGGUGUGAGGUUUCAACCCAACACCAGCAGUGUGUCAUUUUGUGAAAUUUGACUGAAAUCUGAGAUAUGUUCCCUUUAGCAAUGUUGUUAUGCAAUUUAUAGACUCGCCUAUAAGGAAACGUGCGGUUUCUUUCUUUUUUCUUUUAUCCUUUUUUUAUUCUUUCAAUAUGUUUAUUUCAAAACGCAUAAAACAAUUUGUCACUUGGUGUAAUCUUCAAUAUUGACCCAGUUUCUCCAGAACGUGACUCUGAAAGUCAGUUCUUUAAUGCAUGCGUAGACAUCUGCCAUUUCCUUUCCACUUGUGCCCAUCUACUGCAUGUCGACUCUGCGCCCUCCUCUCCUCUUCACUUCUCUCCACUCUGACAGAUUUGAUUGUAAACACGAGAAAAAAGAAACGGUCCCUUCCUCCAGUGAGAGUGAGAGUGGCUGUACUGGCAGGUGAACAGGCUAAAACCAAAGACAACUGCAUGGAAAGCUGUGAUGAUGGAUAAAACAUUGUGCGUGUGUGUACAGCAUACUUCUUAUGUUAUGAUUUCGGUAACACUUAGCAUCUUUUAGUUCUGGGUUCAAAGAAUCUCAAACCAACAUGUAUUCAGAUUUCCCAAAAUUUACAAACCACAGAUGAAGAAAACUUGAGGGAAUGAGAAUAGUUCAUGAUGAUUUGAGUGAUUUCUUUUUCUUUUUUUUUUUUCAAACUCUGUACUGUAAACAUUUUUUAUCUUUGUGUCAUUGUGGUAAUCGUCUGCUGAAAUGGACCAGACGAGCUCUGAGAGUGGUUGCCUGUGAUUUUCAGAAAUAGACUAUAUACUGUAUUAUCAUUUUGAUGUGAAUACAUAUUCAACUCCUAUGGCCUUAGCAACACACAAUACUAGUAUUUCAACACUUGGUCACUAAUACGAUAGCAUCUUUAUAUCAAGGCUAAAUGUGCAUGGCAAUGAACCCAUUAGUGAGGGAAUGUACUGAGCAUAAUGUGGAGAUGAUACAUGUCAGUGCUUAUGUAGAAAAUAUGAAGCAUGCUGUGUUGUGAACUGGAAACUGUCUUAUUGUGACUGUAAAUGCAAGUUUCCAUCUGCUCUGUUGUCACUAAAUCCCAAGAGUAGAGCAUUUUUUUAACAAAAUGGUACAAAGGAAGCAUAUAUUCCCAAAGUCACAGCAUACAGUCUCUAUCAUUUACUCUUAACACUUGACCUGAUAUUUUGGAGGUUUUAUUUGAAGCUACUUAAUGUUUGAUUUGACUCCGUUCUGAUGUAGAUAAGCUCAGCUGCAAUAGAAAGCAGCCUUCACAGGGUAGUACUGAAGCAACCGAGGGCAAUGUGACUUUGUGGGUUAUUUCUGCUCUCUUUAUGAGUUCUGCACAGUCCAGAGUGGCCUUAAAUUCAUUAAUAAACUGAUUAUUCAAAUGA